ACCUUUGACAUCGAUGAACAAAUGAAAUACGGCAACGUCACGCACAUACAAAGUGGUUGUCUGAGAAGUGAUUGUUCAUUCGGCAUCUCAUAAUUUUUUUUAUUCACAAAUUAUUACUAGAAUUUUUAAGUAGAAAUGGCAGAUAACAAGAGAAAAUUGGCUUGUCAUCAUUUGGCAUGUCUGGGUUGCUGAAACUGAGGAACUUUGCUGAGUUUUCUCUCAAAUUACUGAGAGAAUAUUUGCAUUUUAUUCACGGAUUAAACGAAUUCACGGUACUACGAAUGCUCAUUGUAAAUAAGUAAAUUGUUGAUGCCAAUAGUGACGAAAUAUCUGCGUUUUGUGUAGCCCUGAUGAUCUCUCCACCGCGAUCCUCCGCCGCAAGGACAGGCCGAAUAGGCUUAUCGUAGAGGAAGCUGUCAGCGAUGAUAACUCCGUAGUCGCAUUAUCACAGGCCAAAAUGGAGCAGUUACAACUAUUCAGAGGUGACACAGUUCUUCUAAAGGGUAAACGCCGUAAGGAGACAGUAUGCAUCGUGCUUUCAGACGAUAACUGCCCCGAUGAGAAGAUCCGCAUGAACCGCGUCGUGCGAAACAACUUGCGUGUACGCCUGUCAGACAUAGUCUCCAUAGCGCCUUGUCCAUCGGUCAAAUAUGGGAAACGGGUACAUAUAUUGCCCAUUGAUGAUUCUGUCGAGGGUUUGACUGGAAAUUUAUUCGAAGUCUACUUGAAACCAUACUUCAUGGAAGCUUAUCGGCCUAUCCAUCGCGAUGACACAUUCAUGGUUCGCGGGGGCAUGAGGGCUGUUGAAUUCAAAGUGGUGGAGACUGAUCCGUCGCCGUAUUGCAUCGUCGCUCCCGACACAGUGAUACACUGCGAAGGAGACCCUAUCAAACGAGAGGAAGAAGAAGAAGCCCUAAACGCCGUAGGGUACGACGACAUCGGUGGCUGUCGUAAACAGCUCGCUCAGAUCAAAGAGAUGGUCGAGUUGCCUCUAAGGCAUCCGUCGCUGUUCAAGGCAAUUGGUGUGAAGCCGCCACGUGGAAUCCUCAUGUAUGGGCCGCCUGGUACCGGCAAAACUCUCAUUGCUCGGGCAGUGGCUAAUGAAACUGGUGCAUUCUUCUUUCUGAUCAACGGGCCGGAGAUCAUGUCCAAACUCGCGGGCGAGUCCGAAUCGAACCUUCGCAAGGCAUUCGAGGAAGCGGACAAGAACUCCCCGGCUAUAAUCUUCAUCGAUGAACUGGAUGCCAUCGCACCAAAGAGGGAGAAGACUCACGGUGAAGUGGAGCGUCGUAUUGUGUCGCAACUACUUACUCUUAUGGAUGGAAUGAAGAAGUCAUCGCACGUGAUCGUAAUGGCCGCCACCAACCGUCCGAAUUCGAUCGACCCGGCGCUACGUCGCUUCGGCCGCUUCGACAGGGAGAUCGACAUCGGCAUUCCGGACGCCACCGGUCGUCUGGAGAUUCUGCGCAUACACACCAAGAACAUGAAAUUGGGCGAUGAUGUUGAUCUUGAGCAGAUCGCAGCCGAGUCUCACGGCCACGUGGGCGCUGAUCUCGCCUCCCUAUGUUCCGAGGCAGCUCUGCAGCAGAUCCGCGAGAAGAUGGACCUCAUCGACCUCGAAGAUGAUCAGAUCGACGCCGAAGUACUGAAUUCCCUGGCCGUCUCCAUGGACAACUUCAGGUACGCAAUGACGAAAUCAUCGCCGUCUGCCCUACGCGAGACCGUAGUAGAAGUGCCCAACGUCACUUGGACUGACAUCGGUGGUCUUCAAAACGUGAAGAGAGAACUACAAGAACUAGUGCAGUACCCUGUGGAACACCCGGACAAGUUCCUCAAGUUUGGGAUGCAGCCAUCCCGCGGUGUGCUUUUCUAUGGACCGCCUGGAUGCGGUAAAACACUAUUGGCAAAGGCUAUUGCCAACGAGUGCCAGGCUAAUUUCAUCUCUGUGAAGGGGCCUGAACUUCUCACUAUGUGGUUUGGCGAAUCUGAAGCCAACGUGCGAGAUAUAUUCGAUAAGGCUAGGUCGGCAUCACCUUGUGUACUAUUCUUCGACGAGUUGGACUCCAUCGCGAAGUCCCGCGGCGGUUCCGUAUCAGACGCGGGAGGUGCCGCCGAUCGAGUUAUCAACCAGAUCUUGACUGAGAUGGACGGCAUGGGAGCCAAGAAGAACGUGUUCAUCAUCGGUGCGACGAAUCGGCCCGACAUCAUCGACCCGGCGAUCCUUCGGCCGGGGCGACUCGACCAGCUGAUCUAUAUCCCGCUGCCGGACGAGAAGUCGCGCGAGGCGAUCCUACGCGCCAACUUGCGUAAAUCACCCAUCGCCAAAGAUGUCGAUCUGACUUACAUCGCCAAGGUGACACAAGGCUUCAGUGGCGCCGAUUUGACCGAGAUCUGUCAACGCGCGUGCAAACUAGCCAUCCGUCAAGCUAUCGAGGCGGACUUACAGCGGGAACGCACUCGUGCCAGCCAACCACCUGCCGCAGUUAUGGACCAGAUGGACGAAGAGGACCCCGUGCCGGAAAUAAGCCGCGCCCACUUCGAGGAGGCGAUGAAGUUCGCGCGCCGCUCCGUUUCCGACAACGACAUCCGCAAGUACGAGAUGUUCGCGCAGACGCUGCAGCAGAGCCGCGGCUUCGGGACCAACUUCAGAUUCCCGUCGAGCGGAGGCGGGGCGGGCGGCACGGGCACUUCGGGCGGCGACCAGCCCACGUUCCAGGAGGAGGGCGGCGACGACGACCUCUACAGCUAAACGCUGGGCGGACAAUGCGCUCAUUACCACUGCAUUAUAUACUACCGCUGCUAUAGACUAAACUACGGGGGAGGGGAGGGGGGGGGGACACUGGGGGGUGUAUUCCGAAAUAUACACCGGUACGCUGACCAGUGGUAAUAACGUCAUGAAUCAACGCCAUGCUGUUGAUUCGUUCCAAAUACACUGAUCGUGUUUGUGUGCAACGAUCAUGCUCCAAAAAUUAUAAAAAAAUUAAGUAAUUUAAUUAUAGUAUGUUUUUAUAAGAACUUCACUAACUGCAGAGCGUAUACACCUGGCUACGUCACAGUAUUCACACCAGCAUAAUAUGGUGGCACACCAGUGCAAUAUGGCGUCGAAAUCAUGACGUCAUUACCGCUGGCCAGCGUACUGGUGUAUAUUUCGGAAUACACCCUGGGCGUACACUACAUUACUCUCUAAAACAUGGCUCAAAACUCAUACCCUCUUAUUAAUAAACGAGGAAUAAGCUUAGACUGUAUUCCGCUUAACUUGAAUACUAACGCGACACGCACACACGAAAAAAACUGAAAACUCAAAUAUGUGCAAAUGAAUUCGGCUAUCCAUUCUUGGGUAAGAUUAUGUUAAAAGGAAAUCCCAACCAGUCCCAUGGUUCGCGUGUUGAUCGCAGUUUUUUCGCCCCGCCCACUUGAUCGCAGUUUGCAUGGAACCGGUUUUUUGCGCAGUUAGUAUUCCAUACCAUUUCUAAUUUAAUUUACUAAACAAUACUUUAUAUUUUCGAGACAAAAUGGAAAAUAAUUAAAUACUUUCACAUUAUUUGUACAGGCAAUGUGUAGUCCCUUUGGUCUCUGUAAACCAAAUAGCAUUAUUUGCUUUCAAUUAUACAUAUAAUUGUAAUUGUCUAUUUAUCGCAAUCUCAUCGAGAUUCAUAUGAAAAGUUGCGGUAGUUAUUAUUAUGUGUGGUUAGAAUGCGAGUCGCGAUCGGCGUCCGGGUGACAGUUCUAGGACUGACAUAAUUAGUUAAGGAUUCGAAUUGUUUUAGAUCCGAUAAGGGCUAGGAGAGAAGGGCCGGUGUACGUACGGGAACGCAUACCUACAGGUUUAAGGGUCGUUUUACAGAAUGAUAACUAAGUCUUGAUCCUUACUUGAGUACAGUUAGAAAGGGAUGUCGUAUAUUUAUAUCACAUAGCAACAUCCCUUUCUCACUGAACUAAGUAAAGAUUAACACUUAGUUGUCAUUCUGUAAUACGAGCGUAAGUCUCCCGUUUAUGAUCGCGCAAAGCGAACUGCGCGCCUAUAUUAUUAUAAUUAUACCUACUGAUAAACUUCACUGAUUGUAAAUGUAUUUUAAUUUUGUAAUACACAAUCUAUAAGCAUUUUGGUUUUUUUUCUCUCUCUUAGUUUCUUUGUUCCGAUUCGCUUACGUUUAGCCGUAAACAGAAUGUUUGUGAGUGUAAAGUUUUCGUUCACGAUGUUACCACGCUUUAAUUGUUUUUGUGCGAAAUAUAAUUAGAUGCAUCGAGAUAAAAAGUAUUUUAUUGGUGUUGUAACAUUGCAUAGAGGUGUAAAACGUAUUUUAAAUACGUUACCUAACCCUAACAUCAACGUUUCACAACCUAAAAUGUAUUAGUGGUUUUAAAGAUGUUGAACAUGUUCAACACAUUGUUUUUAACAUGAUUACAUAAAAGAUAAAAUUUACUACAUUUCUUGGCACGAUGUUAACUCAAAAACAUUAGGCGACGUUUGACGUUUUAGAUAAUUUAAGAAGAAAUUGCAAUAUGGCAACACCAUUGCGGAAAAUACUCGUGAACGGAGGUGCGUAUGAUGUAGAGAAUUGUUACUGUAUUGCCAGAUCGUCCGCAAGCGAGAUGUCAGCAUUCGCGCAGACAUUACACAAUAUCGCAGUGAUUUUAUAAUAAAAAAAUUUUUAGACCCAC